AUGCUUGUGGAAACGCUGAACGGGUUGAAGGCUUCAGGAAGGCCUCUGCUGGUCCACAUGUGGCGCAAAUACGUGCUUGUGCCGGUCGGGACGCUGCUGAUGAUGCUGCUUUUGUAUGGCAUCAAUGAGAUAAUCAAGAAGACGGGCAUCAACUUCCCAGCAUCUGUGUGUUUGAUGCUGCUUAUGUACGGCGGGCUCAGUUUGAACUCGUGGCUUUUCGGCGAGCACCGCACUGACGCUUUUCUGAAGUACGUGGAUAUUCCGUGUGGAUUUGCUCUUCGAUGGAUGAAUUUGUACUUCACGCCUCCCUUUGUGACGCUGGUUUUGUCAGAUAAGGUGAGUGUGGCGGAGGCGUUCACCAUCAUGGCGGUGUACAUUGUGGGCUACAUCUUCACGUUUGGGUUCAUGGCCUAUUUUACGUGGGGGUUGCAACUUUUGCUUGGCACGUACAAGCAUCACGUGGAAAUGGACGAAAAAGACGAGGAGAGCCAGAUUCCGGAGGCGAGCGACAACGCCAGCAAGCAGUCCUCGGACAUCGUUAGGGAGGAGGUUGCGUGGGAGGACAAAGUGCGGGACUUUGUGCUUGCGUGGAUCGACUUCUUGGUGUACGGUCUCCUGUUUAUUGCGGGCAUCCCCGUCUACUUUGUCACGGGCUACGAGAUGCCUGUGCAGCUGGCUACUGCGGUGUUGCUGUUUCGGGCGUGCUUGCUCAUCCCUGCCAAGCUUCGCCGCGUUCUACAUCCGAUUUUAGUCAGUUUCGCUCUUUGUCUGCUGGUUUACUAUAUUUUUUCGCUGAUCAAGGGCCAGAAUUACCUAACUUGCAUCAGACAUUACAGAACCGGCCGGACCUACCUGACGCUGUUCGACAGCGAGAAAUACCCCGAGUGGCCGGGCGCGGGCGAUUUCCUGCUCUCGCUGAUGGACAUCUCGAUUGUGUCGCUUUCUCUGUCAAUGUACAAAUACCGCGGCGACUUGAAACGACAUUUUGCCUCGGUGCUCCCUCCAAUCAUCGUGUGCGCAUUCAUGUCAUUUUUCAUAUACCCGCCGGUGUGCUAUCAUUUGGGCAUCUCUGCCUCCCGGUCGCUGGGCUUCACGGGGCGCUCUGUAACGACGGCACUCGGGAUACCAUUGGUGACUGCGCUGGGAGGAUCGACGCAGCUCAUGGCGGUGACCACGAUCAUCAGCGGAAUAUUGGGGGUGCUGGUGGGCGAUUUCAUCGUUUUCAAAGUGUUCCGCGUGCGCAAGCACGACUUUGUGAGCCGCGGUGUGUCGUUUGGUUUGAAUUGUGGAGCCGUGUCGACGUACUACCUCACGGUGGUGGACCCGCGAGCAGGAGCGAUGAGCGCAUUGAGUUUUACCUUUUUCGGAACACUGAUGGUCAUUCUGAGUGCGAUCGACCCGUUGGUCAGAAUCGCGCAGAAGCUUGUUGGGUGGUGA